AUGAAGAACAAGCAGAAUCAGAAACUAUUAAAUGUCCGUUCCGUUGAUAAAACGCAAAUGCAACUCUGGUUUCAAAACAGAACCACAGUGUUACUCAGCACUGGAUCGGUAGUGCUGUAAGGACGUCCACAUAGAACGACAGCCACAAGAUAUGAUUUUUCUCGGUAUAUUUACAGUAUAUUAUGAAAAUGAGAAGGAUAUUUGCGUAUACUUUUGAGGGUCAGAAGGUAUAUUUUGUCGAUAAAUUCGUGGUCACACUGCAUACAAGACGCGUGUAAAAACACGCCAAAUAAUUAUUAUUUUUAUAUUCACCGAUUAAUUAAUUAACUAAACUAUGGAUGAGGAGGAUUACGGCAAUGAUGACGUUGGUGGAGACGAUUUCGACGACGUUGACGAGGAUGUCGACGAAGACAUUAAUCCGGAGGAGGAGGCGGAUAACAUCGAAAUUAUUGCGCCCGGCGGAACAGGGGGCGGAGGUGUGCCCAAGUCGAAGCGCAUUACCACCAAAUACAUGACGAAAUACGAGCGCGCCCGCGUCCUGGGCACACGGGCCUUGCAGAUUGCAAUGUGCGCACCCAUCAUGGUGGAGCUGGACGGCGAAACGGAUCCCCUGCAGAUCGCCAUGAAGGAGCUGAAGCAGAAGAAGAUACCCAUCAUCAUACGGCGCUAUCUGCCCGAUCAUUCGUACGAGGAUUGGAGCAUCGACGAGCUCAUCAUGGUGGACAACUAGAGCGGGGUACAUACAUACAUAGCAAUUAAAACUUUAUUACAUACAACAAAUAUACAACUUAAGACAA